GGAUUAACAGUUUCGCAAUGCGCAUGCGCAAAACCAACUUGCCUUGAAGAGUUACUCCGCCUGAAUUGCGAGUAAAAAUAUUGUUGGAUAUCGUUAUGGCUUUAACAUGUUGCGUUCAAAACUGCUCUAAAGGAGCAUACUGGUUAAAUAAAUGGAAGAAACAACUGUGUGACGUCUGUGGAUGUUUGCACAAAGAGAGAGACUGUAAAUGCGAUCCGCCAUUCAGACUAUUCACUUUCCCAACAAAGAAAAAGAAUCCAGAGCAAAGGGAAAAAUGGAAACAGCUGGUAGGAAGACGUCAGGGCAGUGGACAACUCUGGUCACCAGGCAAAGACAGUCGAGUUUGUUCGGAUCAUUUCACAGAUGGAGAACCAACCAAAAACAAUCCAUUGCCCACUGUCAGCAUGGGAUAUGACGAAGCAGAGAAACGAGCGAAGAGAAUGAUGCAGUUUGAGGCGACUAGCACGAAACAUACAAAAAGGCGUAGAAAAAUUUGUUCAAAAGACAAUGAUCAUGUGUCUGGGGAAAAUCUUGUUGCAACACCUAUUUAUGAUGACCCAGAGGUUGAAUUACUUUCCCACACUUACAAACUUCCAUGGUCUGUUAAUUUUCUGGCUGUGUUUGUAGCUCUGUGUUUACAAAUUAGUGAACAGAACAAGCAGAUUGCUAAGUUGAAAGCUGAGGUGUGCAUACAGAGACAAAAAAUAGACAGGCUGAAGAACACUGUGUACAGUGAAAAAAUACUUAAGACCGAUGAUGAUGUUCAGUUUUACACUGGUUUAGCAAACAAGUCUCUGUUUAACAAAUUACAUGGGUUUAUUUCACCAUUUGUUACAAGAAGGUGGACUGGUGUUAUGUCUAUGGCCAAAAAUGUCAGAAAAUUCAAAUCCACAUUGUCAGCCCGUUUUGGUCCAUCCAGAAAAGUAUCAUCAAAAGGUGAGUUCUUGAUGGUAUUAAUGAAAUUACGACUUGGGCUGCUUAAUAAGGACCUAGCAAAGAGAUUUGAUAUUUCUGAAACUCUAUGUUCAAGGAUAUUUUUCGCUUGGCUUCGGUGUGCAAGUUCUAUAUUGAAGUCAAUGAUCUUUAUGCCUGAGGAAGAGGAACUGAUCGGCUCAAAACCCCAACGCUUCCGGAAAUAUCCUGACCUACAUUCAAUCAUUGACUGUACAGAGUUGUUUAUUGAGACACCAAAAGAUUUGUUUCUGCAAUCUAAUUCAUGGUCUGAUUAUAAACAUCACAAUACAGUGAAAUUGUUAGUUGCUUGUGCACCAAACAGUACAAUUAUAUUUGUCUCAAAGGCAUACUUGGGGAGAAUUUCAGACAAAGCCAUCACAUUAGACAGUGGAUUUUUGAACUUGGUGCCAAUGAACAAAAUGAUAAUGGCAGAUAAAGGUUUUAACAUUAGCAAUGAGUGUGCCGAUAGAAGUAUAUCACUACAUGUUCCCCCUGGAAGAAGGGGAAAGUCACAAAUGUCCAGUGCAUGUGUUGCAAAAACUAAGCAUAUUGCGAAUCACCGAAUUCUCAUUGAACAAGUUAUCAGAAGAAUGAAGACUUUUAAAAUCCUAGCCAAUGAAAUUCCAAUUUCUUUACUGUCACAUGUUGAUGAUAUUGUGACAGUAUGUGUGGCCUUGUGCAACCUCAAAGAACCCAUCUAUAAAAGUUAAAAUGUUAAGAGACAGAAAAUGAGAUAUUGUAUGUGUAAAUUACAAUAGUGAAGUUGUAAAUGUAUAGUUGUGCAACAAUUGUCUACUUUUAAUUUUGAUGAACUACUAUGUCAGUAUCUUAUAGCAUUGUCUUUAUAAAAGCGUAAAAGACUGAA